ACGCUUUAGCUAAUUUACCAUUAUCCACAGUCGCAACUCAAAUCAUCUUUUGUCUUCCUCCUGAAAAUAUGGGGUUUUCUCCUUCAUUUUCUUGCAGUGCUAUGGGAGCCCUAAUUUUGGGUUGCCUUCUGCUUCAAGCAUCAAACUCUAAUGCUCAGUUGAGGCCUGAUUUCUACUUCGGGACUUGCCCAUCUGUUUUUGAUAUCAUUGGGAAUAUCAUCGUUGACGAAUUGCAGACUGAUCCUCGUAUUGCCGCGAGCCUCCUUCGUCUUCACUUCCAUGACUGUUUUGUUCGUGGUUGUGAUGCAUCGAUCUUGCUUGACAAUUCCACAUCAUUCCGGACCGAGAAAGAUGCUGCUCCAAACGCAAAUUCGGCUCGAGGGUUUAAUGUCAUAGAUAGAAUGAAAGUAGAACUUGAGAGAGCUUGCCCAAGAACAGUAUCUUGUGCAGAUAUUCUCACCAUCGCCUCUCAAAUAUCCGUGCUUUUGUCCGGAGGUCCAUGGUGGCCGGUUCCGUUGGGGAGGAGAGACAGUGUAGAAGCUUUCUUCGCUCUGGCUAAUACAGCUCUUCCCUCUCCAUUUUUCACUCUUACUCAACUUAAAAAAGCUUUUGCUGAUGUUGGUCUAGACCGCGCCUCGGAUCUAGUCGCUCUUUCUGGUGGUCACACAUUUGGAAGAGCACAAUGCCAAUUCGUGACACCUCGUCUCUACAACUUCAACGGAACCAACAGUCCAGACCCAAGUCUGAACCCAACUUACCUCGUCGAACUCCGUCGCUUGUGCCCUCAAAACGGAAACGGUACCGUUCUGGUCAACUUCGAUGUCGUGACUCCAGAUGCUUUCGAUAGUCAAUACUAUACCAAUCUUCGUAAUGGGGAAGGUCUUAUUCAGAGUGACCAAGAACUCUUUUCAACUCCAGGAGCCGAUACGAUCCCACUAGUAAACCUAUACAGCAGCGACAUGUCUGUGUUCUUUCGAGCAUUCGUUGACGCAAUGAUUAGGAUGGGAAAUCUUAGACCUUUGACUGGAACUCAAGGAGAGAUAAGACAGAAUUGUAGGGUUGUGAAUCCACGAAUUAGGGUUGUGGAGCACGACGAUGGUGUUGUGAGUUCUAUUUGAUUAUGUAUGUUGGGAUAUGUAAGAAAGUAUAAAAUGCGUGAGAACAAUUUCGACUAAAUAAAAGUUCUCACACGAGUUAUGAGAUUUAUGAUAA